AGUAGAAAGUACAAACCAAACAGCCAAACAGGGAAACAUCGUCGAUUGAAGUUUCUACAUAGCCAAUCUCGAACCAGGAAUCACCUCCGUUUUCACGGCAUCAAUGUACACAGCUUUCUAAUUACAGCAGCACCGUCAUAAAUUGAUAAACCCAUAAACAGAUUUGACUCAAAAAGGUGCCUUUCGAUCGGAAUUGAUCAAAUUUUGGCCACACAACAUCUAGAAUUUGUUAUAUAGCCAAGAUGGAAGAGGAGAUGAUUACACUACAAAACAUAAUGCCAGUAGAUCUUGCAAUCAAAAGGGAGUUAGAAUAUCGUAAAAAGAUGGAAAUAUCAAGAAACCAACAUCAAAACAACUUAAAACCUCUUGUAGUCUCACAGGUGCCGGGUUUGGAAGGUCAAAGGAUGGUUGACCGAAAGCGAAAGGUACAACCCUCCAAUGCACGGUUUAUUUGUGUGGUUUGUGAUAUGGCGUUUGCUAGUGUGUUUCAUUUGAAGAUGCAUGGUGAAACUUAUGCUCAUAGAAGUAACCUUUGUAUGGCGAGAAAUGGGGGUGAAAAUGUGAGUAAUCCGUUUUUAUGUGAGGUUUGUGAUAUUUUGUGUUCAAGUGGGAAAGUAAUGAAGCUUCAUGCUGCUGGGGUAAAGCAUAAGGGUUAUCUUCAAGAGUUUGAGGAUGCAAGAAGGGCAAGAUUUUAUGGUAAUUUUAGUUCAUAUCAGUAA